AAAUAAAGCUUUUCACGAAAGUCAACGUGAGAGGAAGGUCAGCGUGGGAGAAGUUGUAUUUGCUGGCUGAAUAGACUUUAUACUGUGGGAUCGUUUUGUUUUCAUUUUAAUCAGAUUUUCUGCGCUAUAGUGUCUAAAUGGAUGAUUCAUUCAUGAGCGACUUAAGCUAAGCUAACUUGCUAACGUCUUCAGAACGUUUACACAGCAGCGACUCGUUUCCACACGUUGAGAUUCGCGAUGUUACCGGGUUUAUGUCGGUUUCACGGGCUGGUCAGCCGGGCUCUUGUGCCUCUUGCUGGUCGGCAGGUGGAGUUAAAGUUAUUGGGAUGUUCAGCAAACGUGCAGAGAGCGAGAUACGCCACUCCUGCGACAGAGCGUAAGAAGUUUUAUCGGGACGUCACGAUCUCUCAAGGUGAAGGAGGCCUUUAUGAAAUCAAUCUAGACAGGAGAAAGCUGAAGACUCCAGGAGGGAAACUCUUCACUGUGCCAAAUGAAGCCCUUGCUAUCGCUGUUGCGACAGAGUGGGAUGCUCAGAAGGACACGCUCAAGUUCUACACCAUGCAUCUAACCACUCUGUGCAACACAGCCCUCGAUAACCCGACCCAGCGGGACAAAGACCAGAUCAUCUCUGCUGCACUGAAGUUUCUAGAGACAGAUACAGUUUGUUACAGAGUAGAAGAACCUCCAGGACUUGUAGAACUUCAGAAAAAUGAAUGGGACCCUGUUCUGGAGUGGAUUGAAAAGAGGUACAAUGUUGUCAUCGGUUCAUCCUACAGCAUAAUGGGCCCCCAGAUCCCAGAGGAGACAAAGGAUACUUUUCGUCAGCAUCUUAAAUCUUAUAACGUCUGGUCUCUGAUUGGGCUUGAGUAUGUGAUAAGUCAGCUGAAGUCUGUGGUUCUAUCAUUGGGGUUGAUUGACAGACACCUAACAGUAGAGCAGGCAGUUCUACUGUCUCGCCUGGAGGAAGAAUACCAGAUCCAGCAUUGGGGAAAUGUUGAAUGGGCUCAUGACUACGACAUGUAUGAGCUGCGAGCUCGUACAGCAGCAGGAACCCUGUUUGUUUAUCUGUCAUCUGAGAGUGCUACUGUGAAGAAAAAAAUCCUUCAGGACUGAUAUGGCAAAUCUUUAAGACAGAUGUGAAAACCUUGUUUUUCUGGACUUAUGUCUUUGCUUGGAUCCUCUUUAACAUGGAACAUAGAAGUGAAAGUUCUGCAUUAGAACAUUACUAAAGCUGUCUACAACUUGUUAUCCUUGUUAUCAGUCAGUGUUAUGUCGGAUUAAGUUCGGUCUGUUUUACAUAAAAACAUUGGAAAAUUUGCGUGCUUUUUUGUCUGUUGUUCAUGUAAACUGUAUUAAAAGAUUGUGACUUUGUAACAUUAUUAAAUGUACAAUGUGCUA